CACAGGACAAUGUGCAACAUCUCCUCCUGUGAUGUGGACAGUAAGGUGGACCAGUACUUCCAACCCACGCUCUACAUCAUAGUCAUCGUUCUGGGGCUGCCCACCAACUGCAUGGCUCUGUGGGCUGCCUACAUGCAGGUGCGUCAGCGGAACGAGCUGGGCAUCUACCUGAUCAACCUGUCGGUGGCGGACCUCCUCUACAUCAUCACUCUUCCUCUGUGGAUCGACUACUUCCUGCAGCACGACGUCUGGAUCCACGGGCAGGAGAGCUGCAAGCUGUUCGGGUUCAUCUUCUACACCAACAUCUACGUCAGCAUCGCCUUCCUGUGCUGCAUCUCUCUGGACCGGUACCUGGCCGUGGCGUACCCGCUGCGCUUCGUCAAGGUUCGACGAAUCAAAACAGCCGUCCUCGUCAGCUCCACGGUCUGGAUCAUCGAGAUCGUCGCCAACUCGGCUCCGCUCUUCCACGACGAGCUCUUCCAGGACCGCUUCAAUCACACCUUCUGCUUCGAGAAGUACCCCAUGCAGGACUGGGUCGCAGGGAUGAACCUCUACAGGACAUUUUUCGGCUUCCUGGCUCCGUGGGCGGCCAUGCUGGUUGCUUACAGAGGGAUCCUUGCCGCGGUGCGAUGCAACAUUUCCACGGAGCGUCAGGAAAAAGACAAAAUCCAGCGUCUGGCUUUGAGUUUAAUCCUCAUAGUUCUGCUCUGCUUCGGCCCGUACCACAUCCUCCUGCUGGUGCGCAGCGUCAUGUUUCUGAGGAAGCCGUGCGACUGCAAGUCAGAGGAGACCCUGUUCGCCGCCUACCACGUGUCCUUGGCGCUGACGAGCCUGAACUGCGUGGCCGACCCCAUUUUGUACUGUUUCGUCAACGAGGGCGCCAGGAACGAAGUGAGCCGAGCCCUCGCGACCUUGUUGUCCACAGCGUGCCGCAGGCGCUCCUCGUCCUCGCCGUCGCACGCCGACAUACUGAACGCCGGGUCGGUAACCAUGGAGACGCCUCUGUCGGCCAAGAAGGCGUCCUGCGUGUACGCCGACAGCGGGAAGACCACCAGCUACAAGACAGAACUGUUGGUAAUGAAGGAGGAGUGUCUCCAGAUGACCAUCCUCGGUGUUAAAAAGUGA